GGCCAGACCUUCACCACUGUCAUCUCCCACUUCCAAUUUCCACACACUUCUUAAACUUCCUUACAACAUGGCUCCCAGCCAUCUCUCAAAGCAUUCCCUGUAAUCCAUUUCCCCAUAUUCCCAUCAAAUUCGCCCAAUACUACCCCUGGGAACAAUAUUAACCCAACCACCCAGCGUGUCAUUGGGACGUGGGAGGAAACUGGAGACCCACGUGGUCGUAGAGUACGUGCAGACUCCACACAGACAGAGCCGGAUCCACUCCGAGAAUGGCUCUGAAUCUGGAUUUACUGCGGAUCAGCUGAAUGCAGAUUCACCCCGGAUCCAUUGGCAGAAUGACUCCCGAUGCCGAUGCUGGCUCCACUCCCCGGGCCGCUCCGAUCCCUGGCGACUGUGAUCCAGGGCGGUGUUUGUGCGUGUCUGUGGUGGGACGGGCCGGGGGCUGUUUGUGAGAUUCGCUCUCCUCCCGCAAUCCUGCGUUGUCACUGGCGAGAGAGACCGUGCACUGACCGAUCCCAGCUGACAGGUGCACCGUGAGGGAUCUCCGCCCGCCCGAGGGAGCGCCUGUGCCUCAGCUAAGCCGGUGGAAAGUUUGAUAGCGGAACGGGUACCGCACCAUGAGCCUCCUGUUCCUGUUGGUCUGCGCGGUGGGGAGCUGCCUUGCCGAGCAGCCAGACCCAGCCCAGGGCUGUUCCCAGGGAAGCUGUUACCCAGCGACAGGAGACCUGCUGGUGGGCAGAAAGGACAAGCUGACAGCCUCAUCGACCUGUGGCCUGAGGAGGAGGCAGCCGUACUGCAUCGUCAGUCACCUCCAGGAUGAAAAGAAAUGUUUCAUCUGUGACUCCCGCAAACCGUACGACCGACUGCGUAACCCCCACAGCCACAGAGUUCAGAACGUCAUCACCACCUUCGCCCAGUACCGCAAGGAGGCCUGGUGGCAGUCAGAGAACGGUUUGUCGAAUGUCCAUCUCCAACUGGACCUGGAGGCUGAAUUCCACUUCACCCACCUCAUCAUGACCUUCAAGACCUUCCGCCCAGCCGCCAUGCUGAUCGAGCGGUCAGCGGACUUUGGCCGCACCUGGCAAACCUACCGUUAUUUCAGCCACGACUGCGCGUCUGACUUUCCAAACGUCCGGCGGGGCCCCCUGAAGGAAGUGGACGAGGUUAUCUGUGAAUCGCGCUACUCAGACAUUGAACCCUCGACGGAGGGGGAGGUGAUCUACAGAGUGCUGGACCCUGCCAUCCCCAUCCAGGAUCCCUACAGCCCUCGAAUACAGAAUCUGCUGAAGAUCACCAACCUGCGGGUAAACUUCACCAAGCUGCGCACGCUGGGCGAUAACCUGCUGGACUCGCGCCACGAGAUUAAGGAGAAGUAUUACUAUGCGGUGUAUGAGCUGGUAGUCCGGGGUAACUGCUUCUGCUACGGACACGCCAGUGAGUGUGCACCCAUCGCGGGUGUCCGAGGGGACAUCGAAGGAAUGGUUCACGGCAGGUGUGUUUGCAAGCACAACACCAACGGACUGAACUGCGAGAAAUGUGACGACUUUUAUAACGAGCUGCCCUGGAAACCGGCCGAGGGUCGGAGCACCAACGCCUGCAAGCGGUGUAACUGCAAUAGGCACUCCAGCCGGUGCCACUUCGACAUGGCGGUGUACCUGGCCACGGGGAACAUGAGCGGCGGUGUUUGCGACGACUGUCUCCACAACACCAUGGGCAGGAACUGCGAGAUGUGCAAACCCUUCUACUACCAGGACCCAACCCGGGACAUCCGGGACCCCAGGGCCUGCGUCCCUUGUGACUGCGAUCCAGACGGCUCCAUGAAUGGAGGGUUGUGUGACAGCAGGGAGGACACGAGCCUGAGAUUGAUUCCGGGACAGUGUCGGUGCAAGGAGCACGUGGAGGGCUCCCGUUGCGACAGGUGCAAGGCCGGAUACUUUGGACUCAGUGUGGAUAACCCGCAGGGAUGUCAGUCCUGUCGGUGCCACCCUGUCGGGACGGUGAGUGGAAACCAGCCCUGUGACCCAGUCAGCGGUGACUGUUUCUGCAAGAGACUGGUGACUGGCCGGCGCUGUGACCGCUGUCUGGAGGAGCACUGGGCCCUGAGCCAGGAUCCCAAUGGGUGUCGAAGCUGCAACUGCGACGUGGGAGCGGCGCUGGACAAUAAUUGCUCCACGGAGACAGGUCAGUGUCGCUGCCGGAAGCACUUGAUGGGCCGUCAGUGUGAGCAGGUGAUGGCGGGGUACUUCCUACCCGCCCUGGAUUACCUCACGUACGAGGCCGAGAUCGCCCACUUCCGCAUGGGAGUGACUGCCGUGUCCCGGGAACGCUCUGGUCAUCGUCCCGUCACAUGGACUGGUUCCGGAUUUGCCAAGGUGCCAGAGCGCGGCGUGCUGGAGUUCCAGAUCAACAACAUCCCGUAUUCCAUGGAGUAUGAUCUAGUGAUCCGCUAUGAGUCACAGUUUCCGGGGGACUGGGAGAAGGUGUUCAUUUCCAUCGUUCGUCCGGGACCCAUCCCCACCAGCAGUCCAUGUGGGAACACCAUCCCUGCUGAUGACAUGCUUUUUACAAGCCUUCCGUCUGGAUUCAGGUAUGUGGUGCUCCCUCAGCCAAUCUGCCUUGAGCGUUCCGUAAGUUACACCAUCCGACUGGACUUCAAGCGUUACCAUUCACGGGAGCGUGAUCCCAACACCAACAUUCUGGUGGACUCUAUUGUGGUGGUCCCUCGCUACUCCUCCCUGGAGAUGUUCAUCGCUGGAGAUGCCGCCUCCAUUCGGCGGAAGGAAGCCUUCGAGCGGUAUCGUUGUCACAGUGAUAGCAUCAGUGUCGUCACUCCGAUGGUGACUGAAGUCUGUGCCCAGCUGAUUGGUAGCAUGUCGGCUGCGGUCUACAAUGGUGCUCUGCCGUGCCAGUGUGAUCCACAGGGCGCCCUGAGCUCAGAGUGUGCAGCCAGCGGUGGGCAGUGUCGCUGUAAGCCCAACGUGGUGGGUCGUCGUUGCCACCAGUGUGCUCCUGGCACCUUCGGCUUUGGACCAGUGGGCUGCAGGGCCUGCAGCUGCAGCCGAGAAGGAUCCGUCUCCAUGCUCUGCGAGCCAGUCAGUGGUCAGUGCCCGUGCCGAGCUGGGGCCUUCGGCACCCAGUGCAGCCAGUGCCAGCCGGGACACUGGGGCUUCCCACACUGCCAGCCCUGCCAGUGUAACGGGCAUGCUGACCACUGUCACCAGCAGACUGGAGUCUGUCUCAACUGCCGCAGCCCCACUGCCGGGACCCACUGCGAACGAUGUGCUGAAGGUUACUACGGGAACCCACUGCUUGGUUCGGGUGAACAAUGCCGACCGUGCCCCUGUCCUGGAGUGCUGGGCAGCGGCCGCAACUUUGCCAACUCCUGUUACCAGGACAGCAGGACGAGGCAGGUGCUAUGUAACUGCCAACCAGGAUACACAGGUUCUCGAUGUGAGCAGUGUGCAGCUGGUUACUACGGAAACCCCCUGUUACCGGGUGGCAGGUGUGAGCCCUGCCAGUGUCACGGCAACAUUGACGUCAGCAACCCACAGUCGUGCGACCGGGAGACGGGCCGUUGCCUGACGUGCCUGUACAAUACAGACGGGCCACACUGUGAGCUGUGCAAGAUGGGCUUCUAUGGCAAUGCCCGGCAACACAACUGCAGACAGUGUACAUGUAACCAGCUGGGCACUGCCCAGAACCAGUGCCGCUCCAGGGAAGAGUGCAACUGUGAUCCGAAGACAGGGCAGUGUCUUUGCCUGCCGAAUGUCAUUGGUCAGAACUGUGACCACUGUGUUCCUAGCUACUGGAACCUCCGCAGUGGCUCGGGCUGUCUGCCAUGUAAUUGUGCCAUCGCCAACUCUUUCUCAGCCACUUGUAACGAGUUUAGUGGCCAGUGCCAGUGUCGCCCUGGCUUUGGAGGCCGUACCUGCACCGAUUGCCAGGAGAAUUACUGGGGUGAUCCGAACGUGCAGUGUCGAGUGUGUGACUGUGAGCAGCGAGGUGUACAGACUAGGCAGUGUGACCGCAUCACCGGCCAUUGUGUGUGCCGCCUGGGCAUCUCUGGCGUCCGUUGUGACACCUGUGCCCGGGGCUUCUGGGGGGAGUUCCCGGACUGCCACCCAUGCCACCAGUGUUUCGGAGACUGGGACCGCGUUGUGCAGGACCUGGUUGCACAGACCAGGCUCCUGGCCGAGAGAGCGCGAGAGAUCCAGAUCUCUGGGGUCGCUGGCCUGUAUGAGAAGAACUUCCGGGAGUUGGAGGAGAAGCUAGCGCAGGCACAAAGGAUUGUCGCUGCCCGCAACACAACCGCUGUGGCCGUGGCUCAGCUGAUGAACCUGAUCAAUGAUAUCCGGGACAAGAUCACAGGAGCGUCGGACAUCCUGAACGGGCUGGAAGACGUUCUUACUGCAGUUCAGAAUCAAAACAGUGGUGCCAGUGUGGAACUGAGUAACCUGGAACGCGAGGCACGUGCUCUCAACCUCUCAGCAAAGGAGCUGGCCCACCAGCUCGACAUCCUGAAACACUCCAACUUCCUGGGGGCAUAUGACAGCAUUCAGAACUCUUACCGUCGGUCGUGGCAGGCAGAGAGGACAGUAAAUGGCUCCACUGUGACCUUCCCCAGUAUUGUCAGUGAUUCGGCAAGCACCCGCCACAGGACAGAAAUGUUAAUGAGAGCCAGGAAGGAUGACUUCAUUCGGAAGAAUGCCGCCAACCGGCGUGCUCUCAACGACCUGGCAGCCAAGGUGCAGACCCUCAAUCUGAAGAACAUUAAUGAGAAGGUGUGUGGUGCCCCUGGAGAUCUGCCUUGUCUGGACAGCCCAUGUGGUGGGGCUGGUUGCCUCGACGAUGACGGCACUAGGCGGUGUGGCGGUCUCAGCUGCGAAGGUGCAGUGGCAGUUGCUGACGGUUCCCUUGGCCGGGCUCAGCAGUCAGAACAGGAGAUUCAGAAAGCAAUGAAUGAGGUGGAGGAGCUCUUCCAGAAGGUUGCUCUGGCUAAGGUGAAAGCCAACGAAGCAAAGCAGAGAGCUCGGGGGACCCUGGACAAAGCAAACAAUGCCAGGGAACGGAUUAGUCACUCUAACAAAGAACUCUGCAACCUCAUCAACCAAAUCCGCAACUUCCUCACACAGGAGGGUGCGGACCCCGACAGCAUUGAGAAGGUAGCCAGUCAGGUGCUCCAGCUCUCGAUCCCUGCCUCCCCACAGCAAAUCCGCCACCUCGCAGAGGAGAUCAAGGACAAGGUCAGCAGUUUAUCUAAUGUGGAUGACAUCUUGGAUCAAACUGCCGAUGAUGUGAGGAGAGCUAGUCAGCUCCUUCAGGAUGCAAGAAGGGCACGGAGCCGUGCAGAAAAUGUGAAGAACACGGCUGAGGCGGUGAAGCAAGCCCUAGAGGAGGCAGGCCGAGCUCAGGAUGCUGCGCAAACAGCAAUCAGACAAGCCAAGGGAGACAUCGAGGAGAGUGACCAGACACUGAAUGGGAUCCGGAACAGAACAGCGAGUGCAGAGAGGGAGCUGAUGGAAGCGAUGGAUCGGCUAACACAGCUAGACAGUGGAAUCAACGCACUCAAAAUGAAACGUGCCAGCAAUAACCUGGUGGCAUCCCAGGCAGUAGGAACAGCUACAUCAGCACGGGAUAAAGCCAAUGAGGCCAAACAGAUGUUGCACGGUCCUCUCACAGACAAAUACAAAACAGUGCAUGGUCUGGUAGACCGGAAGAGUGGUACGGUCUUCAGUGCAAAACACAAGGCAGAGAGCCUUCGGGAUGAAGCCAAGGACCUGCUGAGGGAUGCGCAGGACAAGUUGAAGAGGCUGAAUGUUCUUGAGAUUCAGUAUGAAAAAAAUGAGAAGAUUUUGGAAGAUAAGGCGCGACAGCUAGAUGGUCUAGAGGAGAAGAUGAAAGACAUUUUAAAAGCCAUUAAACAUCAGAUUCUCAUCUACAACACCUGCCAGUGAAUGACAAUAAGUGUGUAUAAUCAAGCCUGUACGGUAUCCACAGUAUCACAAGCACUCAGCUGUUCAGAUGUAAUGUUUAUACUGCAGAUUAAUGAUGUCUCAUCACAUUCUGGUUUUUCUUUAGUGCAUGUACCUCUCCCCCACUGCCCCAACACAAGCCCUCUGGCAUCCCAAGUGCCCUGAAGACAUGGAAAUCCAGGAGUUUGGGCCAAACACAGGAAAAUGGGACUACCUUGGAUAGGCAGCUUAAUGGUCAUAGACCACUUGGGCUGAAGAGUGUUUCUAUGCUGUUCGGCUCUAUAACUACAAUCUGAUUAUUUCAGUGUGAAACAGUGGAAGCAGCCCAAGAGCCCUGUAAAAAUCUAGCUUCAAUGUCGCCCAUAGUAUAUGCCCUUUGGUAUUGUGCUGACCUUUUAACCUACUCCAAGAUCAACCUAAUCUUUCCCACAUAGCCCUCCAUUUUUUUUGUCAUCCAUUUGUCUAUCUAUGAGUCUCUAAAAUGCCCUUAAUGUAUCUACUUCUACCACCACUCCUAGCAGGGCAUUCCACAACCACCCAGUGUAAAAAACACCUCUGAUAUCCACCCACCCCCAUAUGUUUCUCAAAUCUCCUUAAAAUUAUCACCAUCAUUAUGUGCUGUGUCAUAUGACAUGGGAGACCAUGGCCUUUGACCAUGAUUGUUAUUAGCAAAUUGUACAACAGUAGUUCAACACUGGCGCCUUCUGGGCUAUGUCUUCGCAAGAUAAGUAAACCCAGCCAUUGUCAGUACUCUUCAGAAAUUGUCUGCCUGCUGUCAGGACUUGUGGUAUGCACCACCUGCUCCCAUGGCUCCAUGUCAUCCUGAAGGGAGGGUCCUUACUCAAGGAUGACCGUCAGGCUAAAAAUGAUUCACCCUUGCCUUAGAGUCUCCGACUCUCCACUUGAUCUGUGCCUUGUCACCCUGUACAUCUCUAUCAAGUCAUCUCUCAUGCUCCUUCACUCCAAAGGGAAAAGCUCUAGCUUGCUCAGCUUAUCCUCAUGAGACAUGCAAAUCUCCUCUGUACCUUCCCUGCAGCUUCCACAUCCUUCCUGUAAUGAGGUGACCAGAACUGAACACAAUACUCCAAGUGUGGUCUAACCAAAGUUUUUCAGACUGCAACAUUACUUUGUAGCUCUUGAACUCAAUCCCCUGACUAAUGAAGGCCAACAUUUCAUACACUUUAACACCAUCAACUUAUGCUGCAACUUUGCCAGAUUGAUAGAUGUGAAGCCCAAGAUCCCUCUGGUCCUCCACAGUGCUAAGAAUCUUUCCAUUAAUCCAAUACCCUGCCUUCAAGUUUUACUUUCCAAAGUAGAUCACUUCACAGUUUUCCAGAUUGAACACCAUCUGCUACUUCUCAGCCUAGCUCUGCAUCCUGUCAAUGUCCUGUUGUAAUCUGUAGAUAGAUCAUUGAAGGCAAGUUUUAAUCAAAUCCAAUAUCCCAAGACAUUUGUCAGGUCUUAAAAUUUGGUGUGAAAGAGGAGUAGGGAGGGGAAAAUAUACAAGUGAAAUAUUCUUUUCCAGAUCUUCUGAAUCUCUGUAGUCAAUUCAACCAGCAACCUGUAAUUAAUGACUUUAUCGAUCCCAAUAUUGGUUAAUUCAGAGUAAGUGAUGAGGUUUGUUAUUUCAGACUUGCUCUUGCCUUUAUUAUAAUAACAUCAGAUAUUGACAGAGAUUAUUCAAAUGGGAAGGAUCAGCAUCUUCCUUUCACUAAUGUUUAGAAAGAAUUAUUUUCCCUUGGCAAUUCAGCCUUUAAAAACACAAGGUCCAGUAGUUCUUUUUUGAUGGAAACUGAGUUUAUUAAUUCUUAACUUGGCAGUGGUGGUAAGAAAGCCUUUUCAGAGACAGAUGCCCAGAGCACCCAUUCCUUUCAUAACUCAUUUCCCCACUUUCCUAACCAUUCUAAUCUUUCUCUACUUAAGGAAGGCAAAUGUGGAACAUAGAACAUUGAACAUAGAAUAGUACAGCACAUUACAGGCCCUUUGGCCCACAAUGUUAUGCCGACCCUCAAACCCUGCCUCCCAUAUAACCCCCCCACCUUAAAUUCCUCCAUAUACUUGUCUAAUAGUCUCUUAAACUUCACUAUUGUAUCUGCCUCCACCACUGACUCAGGCAGUGCAUUCCACGCACCAACCACUCUCUGAGUGAAAAACCUUCCUCUAAUAUCCCCCUUGAACUUCCCUCCCCUUAACUUAAAGCCAUGUCCUCUUGUACUGAGCAGUGGUGCCCUGGGGAAGAGGCGCUGGCUGUUCACUCUGUCUAUUCCUCUUAAUAUCUUGUACACCUCUAUCAUGUCUCCUCUCAUCCUCCUUCUCUCCAAAGAGUAAAGCUCUAGCUCCCUUAAUCUCAGAUCAUAAUCCAUACUCUCUAAACCAGGCAGCAUCCUGGUAAAUCUCCUCGGUACCCUUUCCAAUGCUUCCACAUCCUUCCUAUAGUGAGGCGAUCAGAACUGGACACAGUACUCCAAGUGUGGCCUAACUAGAGUUUUAUAGAGCUGCAUCAUUACAUCGCGUUUCUUAAACUCUAUCCCUCGACUUAUGAAAGCUAACACCCCAUAAGCUUUCUUAACUACCCUAUCUACCUGUGAGGCAACUUUCAGGGAUCCGUGGACAUGUACCCCCAGAUCCCUCUGCUCCUCCACACUACCAAGUAUCCUGCCAAGAACAAUGCACUGAGUUCAAGAUGGAUCUUUCCAUUAAAUGUUUCUUAUUCUAAAGAUAUGCAAACUGCUGAACAGCUGAUGUAUUGUUGACUUGGGAACCUUGCUUUUCACCUUCAGCUCAGCAAAGCAAGAUCCAAAACACUAAAUGCCAAAGUAACUUGUUAAUCUUCCUCCGAAGUAGAUGGAGAAUUGCUAAUAAAUUGAUCUUCAGAUAUUGAA